CGGGGAGCGCGAGAUAGACACGCGGGGUGAGAAGGGACCCACCAUUUUGGUGUUGUUGGAUGGUACUGUUGCUGUCUCUCUCUCCCCCUCUAAUUCUACAUUACUUUUUUUUACUUUCAUGUCCAGGUAAAUAAAAGCACUAAAGAUUGUUGAUUGCUUCUAUCUUUCUAUGUACUAUACCUCUCACCUUGCCAUUUCCACAUCUCUUCCACAUCAUCAUCGUCAUCAUUACACCAACUUUUCGCUCACUUGACAUCACUUUCCGGCAACAAGUCCGAUCUCUUUUCCUUCUCUUUAGAUAGGUUUAUUAAAUUACUUCCUGGCAAGUUAAGUCUUUUUUUGCUUACUUUUCUUUAUAUGAUUGAUUCAACUGAGGAAAUUCUAGAGCUGGAAGUCGGCUAAGGGUUUUUGGUUUUUUGUUAAGUGGGUUUUGGAGGGAUAGGUAGUUUGAUUAAAGGGUAAUCUGGUAUGUGGGUUGCGGUUAACUGGAAUCAUGGGUGUGUGGGUGUGGUUUUUUUGUACUUUUGGGGAAGAAGCGACGCUGAUUAGGUGUGAUUUUAAUCUAAAGCUUUCGUCUUUUUCGGUUUAGUUUUUCUGGGGUUUUGCUGUUUUUCUUUUUAGUUCUCAUUGUUGGUUCAGUUUGUGAAAUUUUGGAUCUUUUGGGUACUCGUUAUGGAGGCUAGAUUUGGAGGUGAAGCUCAUCAUUUCUAUGCUACUCCCCCCUCCGAUAUGCGGACAGUAGGGAAGAGAGGUUUAGAAUGGGAUUUGAAUGAUUGGAAAUGGGAUGGCGAUCUUUUUAUUGCAAGCCCUUUGAAUCCGGUACCACCAGCCGGUAUCAGUAGGCAGUUUUCCUCUCUUGGGGCCGGGACAGGAAUUCUGGCCACCGGUAAUUCGUCCAACAGUUCAUCCUCAUGCUCCGAUGAAGUGAAUCUGGGAGCUGAGAAAGGAAAGAGAGAAUUGGAGAAAAGGAGAAGGGUUGUUGUCAUUGAUGAUGACAAUUUGAACGAUCAAGAAACUGGUGGCCUUAGUUUGAAGCUUGGUGGUGAAAUGGAUGCAGGGAAUUGGGAGGGAAGCAUCGGAAAGAAGACUAAAUUAGCUGGGAGUGGCUUGAGCCGUGCAGUUUGUCAGGUGGAGGAUUGUGGGGUUGAUCUGAGCAAUGCCAAGGACUAUCACAGGCGGCAUAAGGUUUGCGAGAUGCAUUCCAAGGCUAGCAAAGCUCUCGUGGGAAAUGCUAUGCAGCGUUUCUGUCAGCAGUGCAGCAGGUUUCAUGUCCUUCAAGAGUUCGAUGAAGGAAAGAGAAGUUGUCGUAGACGUCUGGCUGGCCAUAAUAAACGGAGGAGGAAGACAAAUCCUGAUGCUGUUGGCAAUGGAAGUUCGAUGAAUGAUGAUCAGACCAGUGGCUAUCUGUUGAUAAGUCUCUUGAAGAUACUCUCAAACAUGCAUUCCAAUAGGUCAGACCAGACAACUGAUCAGGAUCUGUUAUCUCAUCUUUUAAGGAGCCUUGCAAGCCAUGACGUUGAACAUAGAGGAAGAAACAUCUUUGGGCAAUUGCAGGAACCUCGAGAUAUGAGCACAUCAUUUGGAAACUCAGCGGUAGAUUCAACUUUACUCUCAAAUGGUGAAGGACCCUCAAAGCCUUUAAAACAGCAUCCGACAGUACCUAUGUCUGGUAUGCCGCAACAAGUUAAGCAUUUGCAUGAUGCUAAUGGUGCAAACAUACAGACCGCAUCUUCCUUGAAACCUAGCAUUCCAAACAACUUUGCAACGUAUUCAGAAGUUCGAGAGAGUACUGCAGGACAGGUCAAGAUGAACAACUUUGAUUUGAAUGACAUUUAUAUUGACUCAGAUGAAGGCACUGAAGAUAUAGAGAGAUCACCUGCUCCUGUGAAUGCAAGGACUAGCUCCCUUGAUUGCCCUUCAUGGGUACAACAAGACUCCCAUCAGUCAAGUCCUCCUCAGACCAGCAGAAAUUCAGAUUCAGCUUCCGCACAGUCACCUUCUAGUUCCAGUGGAGAAGCUCAGAGCCGCACAGAUCGAAUAGUUUUUAAAUUAUUUGGGAAAGAACCAAAUGAUUGUCCUUUUCUCCUGCGUUCCCAGAUUCUGGACUGGCUAUCUCACAGUCCCACUGAUAUUGAAAGCUAUAUUAGGCCUGGCUGCAUCAUUCUGACCAUUUAUCUUCGUCAGGCUGAGGCUGCGUGGACUGAACUUUGCUGUGAUCUUGGCUCCAGUUUGAGCAGGCUUCUGGAUGCAUCGGACAAUACUUUCUGGAGAACUGGAUGGGUCUACAUUAGGGUGCAACAUCAGAUAGCAUUUGUUUAUAAUGGUCAGGUUGUUGUUGAUACAUCCUUACCUCUCAGAAGCAACAACUAUAGCAAAAUUUUAAGUGUCAAGCCAAUUGCCAUAUCUGCAUCUGAGAAAGUUAAAUUUUUUAUUAAGGGCUUCAACUUGUCUCGGCCUGCCACAAGAUUACUCUGUGCGGUAGAAGGAAACUAUAUGGUUCAAGAUAAUGCUCAGGAGUUGAUGGAUGAUGUUGGUAGCUUCAAAGGUCAUGAUGAGUUCCAAUGUGUGAACUUAUCUUGCUCUAUCCCAACAUUGACUGGAAGAGGAUUCAUUGAGAUUGAAGAUCAUGGCUUUAGCAGCAGCUUCUUUCCCUUUUUAGUUGCAGAGGAAGAUGUAUGUUCAGAGAUUCGCAUGCUUGAGAGUGCAUUGGAGUUUACUGAAACAGAUGCGGAUCUGGGGGAAACUGAAAAAAUGGAAGCCAAAAAUCAAGCGAUGGACUUCAUUCAUGAAAUGGGCUGGCUUCUUCACAGAAGCCAGCUAAAGUCUAGAUUGGGCCACUUGAAUCCUAGCAUGGAUCUCUUCCCUUUAAGAAGAUUCAAUUGGCUCAUGGAGUUCUCCAUGGACCAUGGAUGGUGUGCUGUUGUGAGAAAACUCUUGAACAUACUGCACGACGGAAUUGUUUGUACUGGAGACCAGUUGUCUCUGAAUGAAGCAUUAUCAGAAAUGGGUCUUCUUCACAGAGCGGUGAGGAGGAAUUCUAGGUCUCUUGUGGAGCUCCUAUUAAGAUAUGUUCCUGAUAAAUUUGGAGCCAAAGACAAGGCAAUGGAUGGUGGAAGCCAUGAGAGCGUUUUGUUUAGGCCAGAUGUCAUAGGCCCUGCUGGUUUGACACCUCUUCACAUUGCAGCUGGUAAAGAUGGUUCUGAAGAUGUACUGGAUGCAUUAACUGAAGAUCCUGGAAUGGUGGGUAUUGUAGCAUGGAAGAAUGCCCGUGACAGCACAGGCUUCUCACCUGAAGAUUAUGCUCGCUUGCGUGGUCACUACUCGUACAUCCACCUGGUACAAAAGAAAAGUAAGAGACAAGUUGUUGGGCAUGUGGUGCUUGACAUCCCUAGCAAUCUUUCAAGCAGUAACAUUACCAAUAACGAGAAGCAAAAUGAAGGGUUGACCAGUGGCUUUGAGAUUGGACAUACAGAAUUGAGACCCAUUCAGCGCAACUGCAAGCUUUGCAGUCAGAAGUUGGUUUAUGGAACAGCCAGCAGGUCUCAGCUGUACAGGCCUGCAAUGUUCUCAAUGGUGGCAAUUGCUGCGGUUUGUGUCUGUGUGGCUCUUUUAUUCAAGAGUUGUCCUGAGGUGCUGUAUGUGUUCCGUCCAUUCAGGUGGGAAUUGUUAGACUACGGAACAAGCUGAGACCCGUUAAUGCUCAUUGUAAUGACAAAUGAAUAGGUGUCUGUAUUAUUUUGUAUGCAUCUAGACUGUAAAGUUGAGAUUACCUGUAUAACCAUCGACUUGGACAUGCACAGUUAAGAUUCAGUUAUGUUAUUGACAUAUUUAUACCAUCAACGUCAACUUUCAGCAGUAAUUA